AUGGGCUGUGGAACCACCGCCCAGUUUUCAGCAACUCUUGUAGCUAGUUUACCCUUCCUUUCAAUUCGCUGAAAUCUUCACAACAUGUUGUUUUCUCAUCUCCCUUCCACUGUCCUUGUUAGCAUUGCCGCACUAGCAGUCGCUGCGCGGUUCAUCUCCGGCGAUUCAACCGUCGUGGUCCACGAGCCAGCUGCUGCUGCUCCUUCCGACGAGGCUUCCAUCGAUGGCGGCGGCGGGUUUUCCCUCCCGCUCGUUCGCCGGAGGUUCACUACCAGCACGCUAGAUGUUGUCAAAGAGGAGAACCAGCUGCCCGCACCGUCGCAUGACGGCGGCGAUGAUCACGUCGCCAUUGCCGGCGAGAAGAAGCUCCUGGUGCCGCUGUACGGCCGGUCCCAGAGAAGCACCUACCUCGUGCAGCUCCGCAUCGGCACGCCCACGGAUCAUCAGAUCCUUCCCUGCAGGUACGUCCUCUUCGACACCGGCAGCGACCUCUCGUGGACGCAGUGCGAUCCCUGCACGAGCUGCUCCUCCGCACCUUACCCACCCCAUGACACCUCGAAGUCCCUCACGUUCCGUCGCCUCUCCCGCCUCGAUCCGAUGUGCGAGGCGUGCUCUGCCAAUGGAGGGCGCCGGUGCCUGUUCAAGCGGCGCUACGGCGAUGGCGGCACCGUGUCAGGUGACCUAGUGUCAGACAUCUUCCGCUUUAGCCUGACAGGAGACGACGACGACGGCGACCAGUUCGAGCGAGACGUCGUCUUCGGCUGCGCGACCGUCGAGGAUUGCAGAGCUGUUAGAGGCUACAGCACCGGCAUUCUCGCGCUUGGCAAUGGCAGGCCAUCGUUCGUGGCACAGCUCGGUGUGGAUAGAUUCUCCUACUGCAUCCCAGCAUCAGAAGACGUCGACGACGAAAGAUCGGCGAGCUACCUCCGGUUUGGUUCCCAUGCAAGAACGACGGGGAAGAGGGCCCCGUUCAGGCAGGACGGCAGUGGCUACGCCGUUCGCCUGAAGAGCGUGGUGUACCAGCAAGGGAGCCGCCUGAAUCAGCAGCAACCUGUCCCCAUAUUUGCCGGAGCCGGAGAAGAAGCCGCCGCCGCCAUGCCGAUGCUGGUGGACUCCGGAACCACGCUGCUCUGGCUACCGGGCAGCGUCUUCUACCCUCUGCAGAGGAGGAUCGAGGAGGACAUCUCUCUGAAGAGGCGGUACGACCUCGCCCGUCCCAGCAUCUACUGCUACACCGGGAACAUGUCGGACGUUGAGGCAGUGUCAGUGACGCUCAGCUUCGAUGGGGGCGUGGACUUGGAGCUGUUUGGCAACGCGCUGUUCUUUGCUGAUGAGGGUGAUGGUGAUGGAGAUGAUUGGGUUUGUUUGGCUGCUGCUGCAGGGAACAGGGCGAUACUGGGCGUGUAUCCUCCGCGUAAUGUUAAUGUGGGCUAUGAUCUAUCCAGUAUGGAGAUUGCAUUUGAUCAUGAUCACUGUAGUGUGAUAGUAACUUGAUUGGGACGAAUAUAAGUUCUAUGGCAAUGUUGUUUAUCUUUUCGUGCAGCAAUUCUAGAUUCAGUUUUUUUUCCACUCCUCUCUUAUGUUUGCAUGUAUAUGCAAGUUUAUCAGCAGUUGCAAGAUAUGAAAUUGAUGGAGGUUCAU